CAAUGUUUACUAAGCUAACUGCAUUCAGUGCCUUUCUGGCCAUAAUUUCCCUGUGUAGGGCCUACCAAAUAUCUACUAGUGUUAUUGAAGGUGUUGCUUCAUAUCUGAAUACACCCACAGCGCCAUUCGUCAAGAUUGGAGAUAGUUAUUACUUUAUUGAAAAUAAGCUUGAUAGAAACUGGUAUGAUGCGUUCGAGGCUUGUCGCCAAAUGAACGCUGACUUGGUGGCAUUUGAAGACCGGAAGGAACAGAAACUGAUAUAUCAUUACCUUGUUGAUAACGAAAUGGAUACGACUUAUUGGACUGCUGGCACCGACUUGGCCGAGCAGGACUCUUUUGUUUGGUUUUCAAAUGGUCAGCCCGUGGCUUCAGAUUUGUGGUGUAAUAAUGAACCAAAUAAUGCUAAAAAUGAGGAGCAUUGCGUUGAAUACAAACCUUUGCACCCGGAAGCGAAAAUGGGAUUGAAUGACAGGGUCUGCACCUUUAAGACAGGUUAUAUUUGCAGGGCGCCGCAGCCCAAAACAGUAUCAUUUAUUGUGUGGUAACUAGAGGUGUUAAGCCUUGACUUUGCUAAAUGUCUUUUAAUAAAAAUUUUAAUUAUCC